GGAAGAAGAUCAGUUCGAUCGAUCUGUGUUGUGGUUAGAAAUAUACUUUCUGUAAACAUUAAAAUACAGCUUACGUAUCAGGUCGGUAAACACCUGUAUCGUUUCGAAGCAAGCAGGAAUGUCUGGAGGAGUAUCUUCUGAACUGAGACCUGCUGCUGUGAAGAUGUUUGUUAAAGAGGAGUUUAAGACUGAACCAGAACCCUGGAGAAUAAAACACGAAGAACCAGAGCCCUGGAGAAUAAAACAGGACGAACAAGGAGGAUUUCUGCUUUGUUCCUUUUGUGUCUGGCUACUACACACUACUGGCUCUUUUACUGUUGUAAGGGUCCCCCUUUUCCUGCAGAACGGAAUCCAGAGGCCCUGGUCGAAGGUUUUGAUUCACCUCCUUACACUGUGACUUGACCUUGAGUACUCUGUAUCUCAACAUGAGGGAUUUUGCCAGAUUCUCUAGGAUUAUUCCUGACCCUGGGAUCAUCAUCGUCAUCAUCAUGAUAUCCUAUCUGUUUCAGCACUCAUUUUGGAUGAGCUACUAGGAUAGUAGAUCAUCAGCUUCAAAAAAGGCAUAUUUGUCACGUCCACACAUGGAAGGGAGAAGCAGAUGUAAGUUUUAGUGAGUAUAAUUGAAAGUCACAAUGUAACAAAGGAGAGUCAGGUGAGUAACAUGUUCAACAUAGGUAACUUCUGGCGAUGGCUAGAAGGUAGGUUCAAGUUCAUUGAAUAAUACAGAACGAGUAAGUUUCACUUUCCUCAAACAAGGCUGUGGGGUAUAUCCGCAGAUUCGUCAAACCCGCUUCCUUGGAACACAGGGGAAUCUGAACAAAGCAGGAGAUGAGCCAAGUACAUCUUCUCGAGGAGAGUGGGGUCUAGGAUGUCAUCACAGGGAACCCAAGACCUCCCCUUGGGACUGAAAACCCUCCCAGUCUAUGAGAGGUCACUGUGGAUCAAGUGGAAGAUGAGUUCCAGGUGUAUCAAACCACCAGCUUUGAUGACAGCAUCCUCAACACAAGCAUUGAUGAGGCGUGGCCUGAUAAACAUGAAGGAAGAACAAGAUCUGGAUGAAGUGGAGGAGAAAUAUCAGUGUCAGAAAGCUCAUGAUUUCACCACUGACGAAACAUCAGUGAGUUGCUCCAAAGCUGAGAAAAGUUGCUCGCAAAUAAACUUUCAAAGAAAAGAAGUUAAAGGGCCUUUCAGCUGCUCUCAGUGUGGAAACACUUUCAAACAUAAAAAAAGCCUUGAUGCACAUGUGAUGAUUGUUCAUGCUGGAAGGAAGCCUUUUAUCUGCUCUGAAUGUGGAACUACAUUCACACGCAAAGAAAACCUUAAGAGUCACAUGAAAAUUCAUACUGGAAUAAAGCCUUUCGCUUGCUCUCAGUGUGGAAAGAGUUUUGUGCAGAAAAGACAUCUGAAUGAGCAUAUGAUAAGUCACUCUUCUGAAAAGCCUUUCACCUGCUCUCAGUGUGGAAAGUCUUUGUCACGUAGAGACAGCCUGAAAAAUCACAUGUUAACUCAUGCUGUAGUAAAGCCUUUCGUCUGCUCUGAGUGUGGAAUGAGUUUUAUACAGAGAAAACAACUUAAUGAACAUAUGAUAGCUCACACUUUAGAAAAGCCUUUCACCUGCUCUCAGUGUGGAAAGUCUUUGACGCGUAGAGCAAGCCUGAAGAAUCACAUGUUAACUCACACUGGAGUAAAGUCUUUUGUCUGCUCUCAGUGUGGAAAGAGUUUUACACAGAAAAAUCAACUCAACGAGCAUGUGCGCAUUCACAACGCAGAAAAGACUUUCACCUGCUCUCAGUGUGGAAAAAGUUUCAAGCAGAAAAGACAUCUUAAUGAGCAUAUGAUUAGUCACACUUCGGAAAAGCCUUUCAUCUGCUCUCAAUGUGGAAAGUCUUUGACACGUAAAGUAACUCUUAAGAAUCACAUGUUAGUUCAUGCUGGAAUAAAACCUUUUAGCUGCUCUCAGUGUGGAAAGAGUUUUACGCAGAAAAGACAACUUAAUGAGCAUAUGCGCACUCACACAUUAGAAAAGCCUUUUGGCUGCUCUAAGUGUGGAACCUCUUUCACACGUAAAGAAACCUUGAGGAGUCACAUGUUAACUCACACGGGAAUGAAGCCUUUUAGCUGCUCUCAGUGUGGAAAUGCUUUCAGACAUAAAGCAAGCCUUUGGAAUCACAUGAGAAUUCAUACUGGAUUAAAGCCUUUCGUUUGUUCUCAGUGUGGAAAGAGUUUUACGCAGAAAAGACAACUUAAUGUGCAUGUGUUUACUCACACUUCAGAACAGUCUUUCAUCUGUCCUUAGUGUGGAAAUGAAAAAGAAUGUCCCAUGAUAAUUCAUACUGGGAAAAAUCUCAUUACUUGCUCUCAGUGACCAUCAGUAACGGGCCCUAGGACUCUGACAGUGGGUGACUCUAUUAUCAGAAACAUCAGUAGCAUCUCUGAUGUGAGCAAGACAAUCUUCUUAUGAAGCACAGAACUGUAAAUUGAGUCUGCAUCCGUGUGGUGAAGAAGGAUUUUAGUGAAUCCUUGAAAGACUUGAAGUUCAGUUGUUCAUGAGUGGACCAAUCUCAACAAGGGGAACUAACGUGUUUUCACAGUUGCUUAUCUUAAAUACUAGGCAGCAAAGAACCUGCAGUACAAAAGUCUAUUUCACUGACAACUUUAAACUGGGCUCAUAGACGACUCUCUAAGCUAGAUGCCCUCCACCCAAACAAACUUGGUGCAAGAGUGCUAAAGGACAGUAUCUACUUCUCCCUCCGUCAUCCUUCAACAGUGUGUGCAAAUCCUCCAAGCUUUAGAGUCAUGUGGGUGACUUUAUGGAAAACAGCCAGAAAACAGACAGACUUGUCUGAAUCAAAAUUGUCUGAUUUUAUAAGGUUGUGGAUUUAAAUGUAUUUUUAGGCAUUCCCCCUUCUCAUCUAUGUGAGCUACGAGUAAUGAAGAGAACUGUGAUAUUCAUGUGCAGCAUGUAGAUAUUAAAGAAUCCUGAAUCCUCCACUCUCUAAGAUGAAGACUACAUGUGUAGCAUGUGUGUUACCAAUCAUACUAGUAAGAUGUUUGGUAGUGGUAGGUAGCCUUGAUAAGUAGAUAAGUUUUGUGUGUUGGCAUCUUUGCCUGUGGAGAACUAAGAAAACGGUCCUAUUUGUCCUGAAUUGAGUGAGACAUAUUUGGCUUGCUCGGACGUGCUGACCAUGGAGAAGUGCUUAUGUCCAUAUGUGGAAGUUUAUCUGAGUUUUGGAGCCAAUAAGAAUUUUGCUGACUUAUUGACAUAAUUAGUGACCUCUGUACAAACACCAGAAGUUAUACUCUAACAAUGUACGUAAAACGGCCUACAAACUACUCAAGUAUUGAAGCUGAUUCUUCAGUAAAUUUUUCUUGAUUUGAUCUCA